AUGCCUGUCCCAGCAACAAACGGAACUGCUCACCACAAGCGCGUCUUCCAGCCUGGCGUAUGGGCACCCAUCCCCUCCUUCUUUGACGCAAACGAAGACCUCGACAUCUCCACCUUCCAGAAGCAUGUUGUAGACCUGGCAAAAGUCGGCAUGCAGCCCGUCGUCUGCGGGUCCAUGGGCGAAGCGUUCCAUCUCACAGACGACGAGCGCGUGACCUUGUUCAAGGCUGCUAGGGAAGCCUUGGACGAGGCGGGACUGGUAGACACUGUCGUUAUCGCAGGGACCGGCGCCAACUCGACUCGUGCCACCAUUGCUCUCUCCAAGCAAGCCGCUUCCGCGGGCGCCGACAUUGUCAUAGUAAUCCCACCAGGUUACUUUUCCGGCGCCCUCUCUCCCCUCGCGCUCAAGACAUUCUUUGCCGAAGUCUCUUCCGCCUCACCCAUUCCUGUUCUGCUUUACAACUACCCCUCUGCCGCGGGCGGGAUCGACCUGUCUUCAGACUUGGUCGAGGAGAUUGCGAAAGCGAGCCCGAACGUUUGUGGGAUCAAGUUGACUUGUGGGGCAGUCGGCAAGUUGACGAGGAUAACUGCUGCCACUACCACCUCCAACUUUAAGGACCAAUACCCGAGGAAGGAUGAGCAAGUGAACCCUGGGUUCCUCACUCUUGGCGGGUUUGCAGACUUUCUUGCGCCUGCUGUUCUCGGCGGCAGAGGGCAUGGUGCCAUCAUGGGGCUGGGCAACAUCUAUCCUCGCUCCAUUGCCAAGCUCUUCCAGCUCUCCCUAUCCAUCGCGACUUCUCCUAGCCCCUCUGCUGCCUAUCUGAAGUCUGUCCUCGCGCUGCAAGACCUCGUCUCUGGUGCCGAUGCGUCUUUCGCCAAAGCUGGCAUUGCCGGCACAAAGUGGUAUCUGCAGAAACACAAAGGGUUUCCCAGUGCGAGACUCAGGCAUCCUCUGCUCGAGUUCACCGAAGAGCAAGGGGCAUUGUUGGAAAAGGACGAGGCAGUGGUGCGGUUGAUGCAGGUAGAGAAGAAGCUUGCGUUUGAAUAG